AUGGCCCUCGAUCGACUGAAGCAAGCAGCGUCACACAUAACGGGAAUUGGGGAGCCUCCACACCCGUUCGAUCCUUUGAGUGAAUCCGAGAUUGAGCGCGCAGUCGCUAUCAUCAGAAAAGAGCACAGUGAUGUGUUCUUCAACGCCAUCACGUUGUUGGAACCACGUAAGGCGGAGAUGAUGAAAUGGCUAAAAGACCCCGAGCACACACCACGACCAAAUCGAGUUGCCGAUGUAGUCUGCAUUGGCCGCGGAAGCAAGGUGUACGAUGGACAUGCAGAUUUGACUGAAGGCAAGAUUGUCACAUGGGCAUUGACUGAUGACGUACAACCACUUAUUACUAUGGAGGAUUUGCAAAUAGUAGAGACGAUUGUGCGGAAAGAUCCGAAGGUUAUCGAACAAUGUGGCAUAAUCGGUAUCCCACCAGAGGACAUGCACAAGGUCUACUGCGACCCCUGGACUAUUGGCUACGAUGAACGCUUCGGCACCAAAGUCCGUCUUCAGCAAGCCCUCAUGUACUACCGUCCACACAUUGAUGACUGCCAAUACACGUACCCGUUGGAUUUCUGCCCUAUCUAUAACUCCGACACGCAGGAGAUCAUUCACAUCGAUGUUCCACCAGUCCGAAGACCUCUCAACCAGGCUCCACCGAACAACUAUCAUGCAGCUGCUAUCGAAGCUGAAGGUGGGUUUAAGACCGAUUUGAAGCCCAUCAACAUCACACAGCCGGAAGGCGUCUCAUUCAAACUUGAUGGGCGAUAUAUCAGUUGGGCGAACUGGAAGCUGCACAUUGGCUUCAACUACCGCGAAGGCCUAGUCCUGUCCAACAUCACGUUCAACGAUAAAGGCACUGUUCGCGAUACCUUCUGGCGCCUCUCGCUUGCGGAGAUGGUGGUGCCGUACGGUAAUCCAGACCAUCCACACCAGCGGAAACACGCCUUUGACCUUGGAGAAUAUGGUGGCGGAUACAUGACCAACUCGUUAAGCCUGGGCUGUGAUUGCAAGGGCGCAAUCCACUACAUGGACGCAGCAUUUGUCAAUCGCGCCGGCCAGGCAACGACCAUUAAGAACGCUAUUUGCAUUCACGAAGAAGAUGCCGGUAUUCUGUUCAAGCACACAGAUUUCCGCGAUGAUAGUGUUACUGUCACUCGUGCUCGCAAACUCAUCAUCUCACAGAUCUUCACUGCUGCGAACUACGAGUACUGCGUAUACUGGAUCUUUCAUCUAGAUGGAACCAUUCAACUGGAGAUUAAGCUUACCGGAAUUCUGAAUACAUAUGCGAUGCUACCGGGCGAAGAUUUGAAAGGCUGGGGAACGGAGGUCUACCCUGGCGUGAAUGCGCAUAACCACCAGCACUUGUUCUGCAUGCGCAUAGAUCCAAACGUGGACGGCCCAGAGAACACUGUAUUUAUGGUGGACGCAGUACGUGGCGAAGGCGAAGUCGGCAGUGCGGAGAACAAGUACGGCAACGCCUUCUACGCGAAGAAGACAAAACUCAGCACCCCUGAGCAAGCGGCGACUGACUACAAUGGCGCCACGAGCAGAACAUGGGAAAUGGCCAACACCAAUAAGCUGAACCCGUACAGUAAGAAGCCGGCUUCUUAUAAGCUGGUGAGCAGGGAAGUGCCUGAUCUGCUACCAAAGCCCGGAAGUUUGGUGUGGAAGAGAGCGGGUUUUGCGAGACAUGCAGUGCAUGUCACCAAAUACGAUGACACGCAACUCCACCCAGCAGGCCGUCACGUCCCGCAGACCUCUGGCGAACCAUCUCAAGGCAUCCCCGCCUGGAUCGAGGCUAACCCUCAAGAGAACCUUGACAAUACUGAUAUCGUCUUGUGGCACACAUUCGGAAUUACACAUUUCCCAUCGCCGGAAGACUUCCCCAUCAUGCCUGCUGAGCCGAUGACGCUAUUGCUGAGACCUCGCAAUUUCUUCACACGCAACCCUUGUAUGGAUGUUCCGCCUAGCUAUUGCAGCGUGCCGAGCGGCGUCAAGCAGGGCAGCACAUUGGUAGAUAGACUUUCUCGCCUGGCGUUUGGAGAGGAGAAGAAGCCUGAAAGCACUGCUGCUUCGACCUGUUGCUCAGAUCAGAAGUUUGGAGCAGCGUCCUUUACUCCACCAACACAGUGCCGUCCUGAUCCUAGCAAGUCUGAGGAUGUUCUUGCCGGUUUCGACUGCCCACCAUCCGAGCCCGCAAUGCCCCGCGCAUUUCCACCCGUAGAGCAAAAUGAUAAAACGAAACAAGCAAACGCGCCUAGGAGCCCUUUAUCAGCAUCUCUUGUUGAGAGUAUAGCCGGAUUCAGCGCCGGUGUCGUCUCUUGCCUCGCCGCGCAUCCACUCGACUUGUUGAAGAACCGACUGCAGCUCAAUACACAAAGUCGAUCGCGACCUGGUGACUCGUAUCGAAUACUUCGAAACGUCAUCAAGGACGAAGGGGGCGUACGCGCAUUGUACAGAGGGCUAUGGCCAAACUUGCUGGGCAACAGUCUAGGCUGGGGCUUGUACUUCCUCUUCUAUGGCAAUCUGAAAGAACUAUUCCAAAGUAGAAGGCAAAAAGGAGAGCAUCUUGGGAGUGCUGAGUUCUUUUCCGCGAGCAUCGUUGCUGGCCUUCUCACCGGUGCUUGCACAAACCCUAUAUGGGUAGUGAAAACCCGUAUGCUUGAGCGCGGCGCGAAUCAUCCCUCUGCAUACAAGUCGAUGACCUUUGGUCUCCGUCACGUAUACGAAACUCGAGGAUUGGCGGGGCUAUGGGCAGGCUUUUUGCCUUCGUCUCUGGGUGUACUACAUGGUGCAGUACAAUUUAGUAUUUAUGAAAAUAUGAAGAAGAGACGGGGAACACACAUUGGCGGGCAAGAUAAGCUAAGCAACUGGGAGUACGUCUACAUGAGCGGCGGAAGCAAACUACUAGCUGGAGCCAUCACGUAUCCGUAUCAGCCAAUAAGGGCGAGGUUGCAACAGUACAAUGCCGCUCAGCAGUACAACGGACUGCUGGAUGUGCUUAGAAAGACUUAUCGGAACGAAGGAUUCCUGGCUUUCUACAAGGGUGUCAUUCCCAAUACGCUGCGAGUUAUUCCAACCACUGUCGUCACGUUCCUGGUUUACGAAAACACCAAAUUAUAUCUGCCAAAGAAAGACCCCACCUCACUGCUAGCACCAAUGGAUCCACCAAACAAGCUUCCACAGCGUAAGCCAUCCAUACUCGGGAUGCACAACAAGUAUCGAUCGGCACAACGCACGCCACCCGAUAGCAUAUAUCCUUCGACUUCCACGUCGUCUCAGCCGUACAACUCUCGGCCUCAACGUCGCCGCCUAGGACUGCGUAGUUUCUUCAGCAAGUCACACGAGCCAGAAGCACAGUCUCCAGUACUCACGUCUCCUUCGUCAUCUCUGGCAAUGCCAUCGUCUCUGCCUCUCAUCCCAAAGUUUACCAAGGCAUUUGUCAACGCCUUGAAUUCUUCACAACUCUGCGAUUUCCUUACUUGGUUAUUGUAUCAUGAUAUUGUUGAACUUCCCGAAGUUCCUGAGGCUUGGUACAAGUGGAUCAGUAACGUGGAGAUGCGUGGUUGGAUUGCUUUGGGUAAUUUUCUGGCGGUGUUGCAGGAAAAGGGUGCUGCGCACGAGUUCGAUCUCAUUGUGCUGGACUCUAUAUGUGACCGCAUCGGAUUAACACGCUCCACAGUUCACGCGUUGUUGAUCCGCUUCGCCGAUCCAGAGAAGAUGAAGUACAGCAGCCUCGUCUUAGAUGAAGGUAUGUUUCAAGAUGAUGAUGCUAGACUCAGGCUUCUUGAAACUACACAGUCCAAGCUACACGAGUUGUACAAGCUAGCUGUCCACUUGAAGCCGCAACAAGGCUUACAGUACGAAGAAUGGCUAAAAGUCAUUCAAAAGCGCCUGCGUGCAUUUUCGCUCCAGGUGGUUGACCCAUGCGUUGCUCAUCUACGAACUGGCAAGCCGCUCACUACCGUCGCAACAUCAGAGCAGCUUCCCAAGGAUGUCAUAGAAGGUAUAAAGAUGAAAUGUCUCUACGAAGCUAUGCAGCAGGAGCGCGUUGUGCCGUUGGAGCGCUACCGCAUCCGUUCAGCUCAAACGGACAUAGCAAUCUCAAUUCCUCUAUCGUCAUUACCUUGUGUCGACGACGAGGUUGAGCGAGCGCGUAGUCACGCUAUCGAACUUAUGGUUGAAAAUCGUGGGCUACGGUCUCAAAUCGCUGUUCUACAGCAAGACAAGGAGAGGCUGGCGAAAGCAAAUGAGAAGCUAGCACAAAGGUUUGCUAAACUUGGUCACCUGCAGCCUACAGGCUAUGUUCGUUCAUUUUCUUGUGAUGAACCAUACGGCGACGUGUCAGAAGAUCGAGAGGGUAAUGAAGACCAAUCAAUGACCUUACAGGUUCUGCCACCAAGCAGCCGCCGCCGAUCGGUCUCUACUGGCGAUAUCGAGGCCUUCGCUACAGUGCUAGGCCAGGGAUUUAGCAUUUCCACAAAUCACCGUCGGGAUUCUGAAAUCGAAGCUCAGAAGUACGAGGACAUGUUCUCUAGUUCGCCAUCGUCUCCCUUACCCACAGUUCGCCUCUCAGCGCUUGCAACGCCUACUCCCUCGUCUUCGAUAGCUGGUCUACGUGCUGCUCGACCAUUAACCUCAGGAUAUGCACCAAUGAGUGGACGACGAAGUGGCAUGAUAUUUGACCGAAAGAAUAUGGUACAUCUAGCCGGGACCGGGGUCAAGGAGGGAACGCCCACAUUGAAGGGGAGUGACACUGACGACAAUGAAGGGCGAACGGGAGAGUACGCAUCUCUGACGCCGAUGCCAGAGAGUAGAAAGAUAUUUGAUCUAUCAGACUAA